UUUUGUUUAGUUUCGGGUUUUAUUCUUUUGUUGCGUUUCUGCUGCGCAGUAGUAGCCGUCGCAAACAUUCCCGCUGACGUCAGCGAAUGUGAUCGGAAGUCGCCCACCCAGUCAUCUGAGCAACGACGUCUGUCGCUCUGACGGUCAAAGAUGGCCUACCCUAAAUCCCACAACCCAUUCUCAGAUGAUGCCGAUGAUGAAGACUUUAGACCUAAAAAAAGGGGUUUCGAGGAUUUCGAUGACAGUGACAUGAGCGAUGCAGAGAGGAGGCAGCGCUACCUCCAGCACGAAGUGAUGCGUACAGCGCAGUCUGCUGUUGACAGCAGUCACCGCUCCCUCGGCCUCAUCUACGAAUCAGAGAAGAUGGGUGUGGAUACUGCAGAGGAGCUGGUGCGACAGGGUGAGGCUCUGAAAAGGACAGACAAGAUGUUGGACAACAUGGAUGAGGACCUGAAGACCAGCCAGAAGCACAUUACCAGUAUAAAGAGUGUGUGGGGCGGCCUUGUCAAUUACUUCAGAGGCAAACCAGAGACAAAACCACCACCUGAACAACCUAAGGCCUACCAGGCCAAUGACAAAUUACAAACUGCCUUAUCCAGCAGCAAAGAGCAUGAAGAUAAGUACCAAAGCAGCCACCCCAAUCUACGAAAGAUGAACACAGAAGGAUUUGGAGCUACUGCUUCUUCAAUGGAUGACCGCUCAUUUGGACAGAAUGAGUACUCCAAGAACAGACACCUGAGAGAAGCUCACCAAACCCUCGACAACAAUCUAGGUGAGAUGUCUGAUGGCUUGAGAAGACUAAAGAACCUUGGACUUGGUCUCCAGAGUGAGAUGGAGAGCCAGGAUGACUCCAUUGAUUCUCUGCUAAAUAAAGUGGACAAGAUGGAUGUCAAGAUCAACAACACAAACCAACAAAUCAAGAACCUGAAAUAAAACAAAUACUUGGACUCAUUUCACAGAGACACAAACAAGUCAUCAUCCCUUUUUUUUGCUAAGGAGGUUUAUGUUUUUAGCUGCAUUAUAUGUCUGUCUGUGAGCAGCAUAGCUCGUAAAAGUAAACAUUUCUAUUUGGAAUAUAACGUAAUUUAGCAAAUGAACACACUAUUUUCUUCUUGACUGAAUUCUUCAUUUAUUUCUAAGUCUUUAGUUUGCAAUUGUCCUUCCACCACAGAUUUUACACUGACAUGUUGUACUGACGCCCACACGGUUGUUGUAGUGAUUAGCACUCUUGCCUUUGCAGCAACAAGACCCAGGUUUACGACCUGGUCAGAAUAAGGAAAUUGGACAUUCUAAAUUGACUGCGAAUGGUUGUUUAUCCCUAUGUGGCCCCUAGUGAUGUGCUGAAUUGUGUCCUGUGCACACAAUUUAAAAUGUUACUAAUCUACACCUGAACUUUAAAGGGAAGACUCUUCCAUGUGUGUGACUGAUAAGGUUUGCCUGUGUCCUGUUCAAAUUGGAUUGUUAUCUUUUAUCUAGGUUUCAGUUCCUCUGUCUCAUUGUCUCAGACAUAUUUCAAAUUUGGUUGUGUAAUUAUUGUAUUAGUUUUGUAUCUAUUGAGUUAUAUCCUGGACCUUCCUCCACAUUUGUACAUAAAUGUUUUGCAAGUGAUGCUCAAGUCACCUUUGCCUUUACAUCAAUGUGCAUGUACAGAAAACUAGCUUUUGGUUUCUGUGCCAUUCUUCUGUCUCCACUGCUACAUGUUACAGCAUUUCUUCACUUUUUUUAAAUUUGUCAGUAGGAUUUAGACUUUUUGAAGCAUAUGAUUAUGUCCUGUUGUUAUCAUGUUCAGAAUGUGUUUGAAGUGAUUAUGGUAUGAAGAAGUCAGCUGUGAAAAUAAAUCUAUUAAAAUCUAUUAAAGAUAA